AUGGCUCGCAAAUUCUUCGUCGGCGGCAACUUCAAGAUGAACGGGACUCUCUCGUCCAUCAAGGAGAUUGUCGAGAACCUAAACAAGUCCGAGCUCGACUCCAAUGUCGAGGUUGUCGUCUCUCCCCCAUCCCUGUACCUGCUCCCCACCCGCGAGCACCUCAGGAAGGAGAUCGAGGUUGCCGCCCAGAACGUCUUCGACAAGCCCAACGGUGCCUUCACCGGUGAGAUCUCCGUCUCGCAGCUCAAGGACAGCAACAUCACCUGGACCAUCCUCGGCCACUCUGAGCGCCGCACCAUUCUCGGCGAGUCCGACGAGGUCGUCUCCACCAAGACCAAGUACGCCACCGACAACGGCCUCGGCGUGAUCUGGUGCUGCGGCGAGAGCCUCGAGGAGCGCGAGGCCGGCAACACCAUCAGCGUCAUCACCAAGCAGCUCGAAUCCCUCAAGUCCAAGAACCCCGACUGGAGCAAGAUCGUCAUCGCCUACGAGCCCAUCUGGGCCAUCGGCACCGGCAAGGUCGCCACCACCCAGCAGGCCCAGGACGUGCACAAGGCCAUCCGCGACUGGCUCAAGGGCGUCAGCGACAAGGUCUCCGACGAGACCCGCAUCCUCUACGGCGGCAGCGUCAACGAGAGCAACUGCGGCGAGCUGAGCAAGCAGCCCGAUAUCGAUGGCUUCCUCGUUGGUGGCGCCUCUCUUAAGCCUGCCUUCAUUAAAAUCAUCAACUGCCACCAGUAA